UAACCUCCUGACACAUCCUCCAUGGUUACUUAACAUCUAUUCCCUGGACUUCGAGCGACCAUCGGUAGGUAGGCUCUUCUCUCCCACGAGAUAGUUACGCCUACUUACUUUCAAAACUAGAGCAUAAGACUCUGCGCCCACGCUUGCUAAUACCAAAACACACUGACAUAUACACACUCAUCAACAUGGCAUCUGUUGGUCCCGCUCGCUGUGCAAACAUGACAGGCUUACCGGAGCUCCUCUACCCCAACACCUGCGGUCUACCAAUCUAUCAACGCUGGAAUGCCGCACAAGACCCCUACACGACCUUAGAAGAAUGCUGCCAAGCAAUAAAUGGUACUACAGGCUACUUUGGCGAGGAGAGUUGUGCCGCAUAUUGCAAUGCUACGGAGAGUACCCAAGGGCAAUUAUCUAAUUGCCUUUGGUCCUCGCGAGAGAUUGGUCAAUUUGGAUGCUCUGGUACUGCGGCGAUAAAGGCGAAUCUGUGGAAUACUAUAGUGAUAAUGGGCUUGGUUUGCCUAGUUUUCACAUAUUGAGGUUUACAAGAAUUGCUUAAUUUGAAAAUUUAUAAGUAUUGAAGUGUUGUCUGCUUGUUUGUGAGAUACUGUCGGGGCCUUAGAUUUUGUAUACUUCACAAGCUUCCAGCACAGUCGUAU